AUGUCUUUUAUUGCAUUGGGCCUAGAUGACGAUAAGGGACACCAGUCGCCCAUUCCUUUCCGCCAGAUCAGAGCGCACUUCGAUGAAGAAACAAUUACUGUUUAUCAAGCUUAUAACUCGUACAUCGCCACAGCAGCCGUUGAGGCUCAGAGACUCGACGCGUCGCCAAGCUUCAAACUCACCCGGAUGACAUGGAUCAAACCAAGCUGGGCCUGGAUGCUGUAUCGCGCAGCAUAUUCGUACAAGGACCCGGGACAAGCGCAUAUCCUUGCGCUAAAGAUGAGGCACGAGGACUUUAUAGGCUUGCUUCGCAAAGGAAAUCUGGCUCAUCAUGGAGGCGGAAGCAAAGAUAGUGGCGGAGUAAGGAUUCAGUGGGACCCUGAGCGAGACGUGCGCUUGGAGAGGCUGCAGCAUCGCAGCAUACAGAUUGGUAUACCCGCCAGCAUCUGUCAAGAUUGGGUUGUAAGAGGGAUCGUUGGGAUUGAGAACGUCACGGCCCGUGCUAGGAAGCUGAAGAGAAUCUUGGAAGAGCGGCCUGGCAUCAGUGACGACGAGUUGGUCAGUUUAGGUUUGCUGCCAGUCGAGAGGGAACUCGUGGUACCGAAAGAUGUGGAGGAAAAUCUCAGAAUGAGCGACUCCCAGAGAACAAGUGGUCAAACGGUGUUGGAGUAG